GUAGUAAUUAAAGGACAGAGAAAAAGUAUGAUGAUUAAAUUGAGGAGUGUGAGGCGCGCUAUCAUAGUAUCACUAAUACUACACUUUUGAUAAUGAUUAUCAAAGAAAUUUCAUCAGAAGAUCAACUUCAUCACUCUUCUCCUGCUUCGAUGUUUAGGGGGAUCAAGAUUUUGCCGGAAAAUUCCGUCGUCUUCGAAAGUCAGUGUGAUAUGACCACUUUGAAUUUGGAUUUUCAUGGAUCUCAAGACAUAGUCUUCUCCCUUAGUGUUUCGAGGGGUGUUCAUCUUGCUGGAUAUCUCUACGAUGAUAUUCCUUCACCUACUAAUUUUGUUUCCCUUCCUAUUGUGGAUAAUGGAGGAAGUGGCAUCCAGCAAAAAGAAUCUAUGCUAAGUAUCAAGAUUCCUGGUCUUGGUAAAAUCCACUACUUUUAUAAAUUGUUAUGUGAUAAUAAUAUAACUAAGAAUAUGUAAAAAUUUAAUGUUUUGUAGUAAUAUUGCUGCAUUAUCAUUUAAGAAAUAUUAAAGGUUGAUUGUAUAAUAUUCUAUUCUAUUUAGCUAAAGACUGUAAAGA